AUGCCAGGCCAAAUCGCUUCCCAGGUGACACGUCUUCCACUCACCAAGUUCUCUCACGCAACCACAACCAUCAAUCAUUGUGUUCCUCUAUCGUGGACACAUGUUAAUGGAGAUGGAGAUCUUGUAUGCAUUCUGGAGCAAGUUCCUGGGGGACACUCUAUCCCACCAAGACUCGUCCUUAGAGUGGCUCGAAAUGAUGGCAUUCUGGAGCAAAUUGACUUAGCGCACUUUGUUCGCAUGUCCACAGCUCAGAAUAAGAAUGACCAAAAUGCAAAACCCUUAUUUGCUGUUGUGGUCAAGUCGCCCUGUCUGGCAGUGAAGUACCCUCAAAGCAGUAUGCAUAUUCGGCGAUUUCAGAUCAAAUUCUCGCGGAACACGGAUUACUUCACAGCCCUUGCUCUUCUAAGCAACAUCAACUGCCCGCUGACAGAAGGAAGUACAUCAAUGCUGCAACCACGACGAUCGCCUUCAUCCGCAUCCUGGACCUCUUUACAAGUACCUCAAUCUGCAUUGAAGGAGGCAAGUACUGCAGUGGCCUCGGACAAUGAUACCACAAUUCCGUCUUUUCAUGUGCCAGGAUAUACACCCAGUGGAAUUUCAAGUGUGUUCCUCCCAACUGCUUCAAAUUCGGAAUCUAACGCCGGUUAUGCUGUAGCGCCUAAUCCUCCAUCCUCGUCUUCGAGCACUAUCUACAAUCUAGUCAGACAAAGUGCGCCUAUAUUCCAGAAUCCAUUCGAGCUCACAACAACUCUUCCACCAAACCACCAUGAUCCUUCGUUGCACUCAAGACAGAAAUACCCUGAGAACCCCGAGAGCCGCUCUGCAACUGCACCAGCCUUUCAUGGUGACCAACUUGACCAAAUGCUACCUCCAAGAAGGGACCUUCCUUUCCUUAAACCAAGUCAAAAAAGGUCCCAAAAGGGAGACGCUGCAACGUUCACGAUCUCACAAAUCGCAGCCACAAGCCAGCCACAAAGUAAAGCCUCCAAGGACGAGCAACUAUUCCCAUUCAUGGGUCAUAAAUCCAUGUCGAUGCCUCCUAAUUCUCAAGUCUCUGACUCGCAGUCUCAAUCUCAGCCUCUAGUCCCAACACAGCCCCUCCUUGAGACCAUCCAGAUAAAAAGUCUUCCUUCACAGCCCCAGGCAUCUCAAUCCGACGCCUACCUCAAUCUGGACCCUGUGUGUGAGCAAGUAAGAAGCAGACCUGGGAAUGGGAGUGUCGUAUCUGUUGAUAUCGCCGUUGGAGGAGUGGACAAUGGCAACAAUAUUGUGCAUGGCAAACCGACACAACCGAUGAUGAUCUCGGAGAAUCAGUUGUCUACUUAUUUUGGUGCGCCAACGCCUGAGAGAAUUGCGUUUCUGGAGAGUUGGAUGUGCGAGCUGAUCGAGGACGAUGGGUUCAUGACUCUAUGCCAGGACGUUGAGGUGACAUGGAGACGGUUCGCUUUUGGGGUUAGGAAAUAG